AUGGAGUCGUCCACCUCGCAUUCAACCACGACAAGACUCGCAUGGUCGCAGCUGCCUACGGUAGCAGCGGCGGUGGAUAUAUGGGACACACCUAGUUCACAGGGACACAUCAAACUCCUCAAGAUCGUCUUCCUCAACGGCCAGUUGGGCCCAAACGAACAGCAGCAGACGGAAACCCAGCCUCACCAGGCCCUGCUCGAUCCUACGGGCCGCUUCUGGGCUGUUCCCUCGCGAGUCACCGACACUGUCAGCAUCCUUGACUCGAGCGACGACUCGUUCCGUAUCGUCACCAGCUUUAAAGCCCCGAUUCCCGGGAGUGGUCCUCACCAUGCUGUCUUCGUCAAAAAUGACGCGGGAACUAAAGCUACACAUAUCGUUGUCCUCUGCGAGCUGAAGAACCUUCUCGAGGUGUUCGCUGUGGAUUAUCGGGACGAUAUACUCGCAUUCAGUCACAUCCAGCGGUGUAAGGAUGUUGCACGCAGCCCGCUGCCUGCCGACAAGCUGAAGCUGUAUCAAAACAAGCAUUUCUUGGGCGCGCCGAGUGCAAUCGUCAUCGCCACCAACCAGAGAGAUAUUUACGUCAGCAACCGGUUCGACAGCACUGAGGAAGACAACAUAUCGCGCUUCGAAGUCAAACGCCACCCCACUCGGAAGACCAGACUGCGCUAUCGUGAGUCGGUCAGCAGUCGCGGCAUCGGCCUGCGGAUGCUCAGCCUGUCCAAGGACGAGAAGGUGAUGUUCGGCUGUAACGAGAACAGUGGCAGGGGAAUCCUGGCGCAUUCCCGCGGAGAUGAUAGAAAGCUCUCGCUGAUACCCGGGUCUGAGGUGGACAUCAUGAAGCUCGGUGGCCCCGCGGCCGAAAUCAUGGGCGAAAUGGGCUCCCCGUGCAUUAUUGAGAUUUGA